AUGGGAAUUAAAUCAACGUUCAUAGUACUAAUAAUUACUUUGAAUAUUUUGAGAUCCAAUUGUUCAUUAAGAAAUACUGUUAAUAAAUAUGAAAUAAAUAAAAUACUGGAACCUAAGGAAAUGAACAAUGUAACUUCUGCACUAAGAAUUUUUCCUUUUGUAUACUAUGGAUAUAUUUCAAGACUUAGUUUAAGUAAUUUAGAUAAAAAUAUAGUGGAAAGAAGGUUAGAAGAAUUAUAUCCUUUUUUACAGAGAAAAGAAUGUACUGCUUUGAAUUGUCUUAGUAUGUUGCUUUAUAUUUACACUUAA